AGAAUAACAGCCGUACCACAAUUCCACGGCAAUUGGAGGGACUUAAAAGCAAUCCAAAAAGGGAGCCUGAACAACUAGUGAAAGACUGUAAAAGUGAAAGGAGUCCCAGAUUGGUAGAGUAGCAUGGUGUUUUCAGCCAUGGCAGCAGCAUCCUCUUGCGUGGGAUCAGUUAAAGUUUCGACGUUGGGUUACAAUAUGGGUGGAGGUAGAAGAGAAGUGAGAAUGAAGAGAAGGGCUUUCUCCAUUUCAGCACAACAGCAAGCGCAAGCCCAGGAAUCAUCAGAUCAAGUGAAGGUACAGGAAGAGCAAGAGAGGGUGAAGCAACAGGGAACAGCACCAAGGCCAGUGGAGGCUCAAGUGAACGUGAAGAGCAAGAACAUGAGCAGAGAAUACGGAGGGCAAUGGUUGAGCAGUGUCACUCGACAUGUGAGGAUCUAUGCCGCCUACAUCGACCCUGUUACGUGCGAGUUCGAUCAAACCCAGAUGGACAAGCUCACCCUUAUUCUCGACCCCACCAAUGAGUUUGUGUGGAACUCGAACAGUUGUAAUAAAGUCUACUCUUACUUCCAGGAGCUUGUCGAUCACUAUGAGGAUGCACCAUUGACCGAGUACACGCUUCGCCUGAUUGGUUCAGACAUAGAGCAUUACAUAAGGAAGAUGCUAUAUGGUGGGGAGAUAAAGUACAACAUGAAUGCCCGAGUCCUCAACUUCAGCAUGGGAAAGCCUCGAAUUCUUUUUAACAACAAUGAAAUCCAACCUCAGGAUGAGUAAUGAGAUGACAUAUUGGAACCAAUAAGUAGUGGAUGCUUUAAGAGUGUCCAUUCAAGAGGUUAGCACUUCUAUCAAUUGUAACCUUUUGCUCAUCUUUUGAAUCAGUAUUAUUCAAGACUAUUAAACAUUGUACAUAAGCUUGCAAACGCUUCCUUCUAUCACUCUUGAAUAUGUGAAAUUCAGCAGCAUUGAGGUGAAAACUUAUCAUCCAUUAAUAUAAUAAUCCUCCAACUCCUA